AUGCUGUGUCUCAGAUCGCGCGAGAGUGAGAGCGAGUCCAGAGCUUCCACAUUUCUACCUUCGCAUCGCCGUCUCUCCACUGUAGCUGGUCACUGUUUAUUUAGUCGCUGGUUCUUCUUCCCCUUCCUGUUCCAUCGCUGCUAUUCUGAUCCUAUUGCUGAAGCUGCCUCUCUCUCUCUCUCAACUUCCAUGAACUCGAUUACAAUCCCAUCAUGGACGUAUCAUGUCUUCUUGAGCUUCAGGGGAGAAGACACCCGAGAAGGCUUCACAGACCACUUGCACGCUGCCCUAAAACAAAAGGGUAUCAUAACUUUCAAAGAUGAUAAGCUGGAGAGAGGAGAGGUUAUUUCUCACCAACUCCUCCAAGCAAUUGAUAAAUCUCUCAUCUCUCUUGUUAUUCUUUCUGAAACUUAUGCUUCUUCGAGUUGGUGCUUGGAUGAACUUCAAUGGAUUCUUGAAUCUAAAAAGUCUGUGGGUAGAGAAGUUAUCCCAAUCUUCUAUAAGAUUGAUCCAUCUGUUGUGCGUCAUCAGAGAGGUACCUUUGGUUGUGCCUUUCAGAAACAGUCAGAGAUUUGCUGAAGGUGAAGAGAUGGAGAGAUGCCUUGGAAGAAGUUUCAAAUAUAUCUGGCUAUCACUCUACAGAUCAGUAAGUUUUGUAUACUUAAUAUACAUAUUUCCAAUACGUGAGAUGUGAUGGGUCUUUUAAUACUGGUUACAAUUAAUGUUAUUGUUCGAAGAAAGACUCUGUACAUACAAAAGCCUUUCCUGAUCGAUAGUUCAA